AGCGGAAGGUGCUCCCGAGGCCGCCGGUUCCAAGGAGCCCGCAGGGUCACGGGCGCCGGGAGCGCUCCGCUGCCCGCCGCGCCAGGGGCCGCGAGGAGCAGCUGCCCUGACACCCCCGGAUGUUCUGGGAGGCUCCCGCCAGGGUCUGAGCGGCAUCACCGAAGGAGCGCCAUGCCUUGGAACUCGCGUGCUUCUGUGGAAAGUGCAUGACUGUCUCAUGGCUGCCACUGGCAUUGCAGUUCAGUCACAAGAGCCGGCUGCGCUCCUGCCGCAUUCAGUAUUAGCAGAGCAGGCAUUCCUUCCAUCCGCUGUCCAGUUAUUAAAAACAUGGUACUCCAGUCAAUAAAGAACUGCCUUUGGCUGUCCUGCAUCCUCAGAACUCCAAAAGCUUGCUUCUGGAGCACAGCUAGUGGAGGCCUCAUUAUCCAGUCUCUUUCUAAUGAUGUUUACCAAAAUCUAGCUGUGGAAGACUGGAUCCAUGACCACAUGGAUUUAGAGAAGCAACAGGUCCUUUUCCUUUGGAGAAAUUCCCCUGCUGUGGUAAUAGGGAGACAUCAGAAUCCCUGGCAGGAAUGCAACCUCAGGCUAUUGAGGCAAAAAAAUAUAAAACUAGCUAGGAGGAGAAGUGGAGGAGGGACAGUUUACCAUGACUUAGGUAAUAUCAACUUGACUUUCUUCACAACCCGAAAAAAAUAUGAACGAAUGGAAAACCUGAAGCUUGUUGUGAAGGCACUGAAAGCCUUGCGACCCCAGUUAGAUGUACGUGUCACUGACAGAUACGACAUCUUGCUAGACAGGCAAUACAAAAUCUCAGGCACUGCUGCAAAGCUGGGAAGGACAAGUGCUUAUCACCACUGUACCUUACUCUGUAAUGCAGAUAAGUUUGUUUUAUCUUCUGUGCUAAAAAGUCCUUAUAAAGGGCUAAAGAGUAAUGCCACUCCAAGCGUGCCUGCCUCAGUGAAAAAUCUCUUUGAAGAGGAUCCUAGUUUAACUUCUGAGAUGCUCCUGGAUGCCAUUGCUAAAGAAUAUGCUACGCAACACCAAAUAGAUCACCAUAUCACCGUAAUAAAUCCAGCUGAUGAGACUCUGCUUCCUGGAAUUAGUAACAAAACUAAAGAACUACAAACUUGGGAAUGGGUGUAUGGAAAGACACCAAAGUUCAGCGUUAGCACUUGUCUUAACAUGGCCUAUAAAGAUUCUGUUCUUGACGUUAAAGUAAAUAUGGAUGUAAAGCAUGGAAGGAUUGAAGUCUGUAACAUUGAUCUGCCAGAGCAGUGGCUGCCACCAGGACUGUACAGUGAACUGGUCAAGAGUCUUACUGGCAGUAAGUUUUGCCCAAAUGAAACCACUACGCUUGUGACAACAUUGCUAAGAGUGUGUCCACAAGAUGAUGAGUUGCACAGCAGGUGGAGUCUACUGUGUGAGAAUAUGAUAAUGUUAAUGUGACUUGCAUUUUGAAAAUGGAAGUUCUGCUUUUUUACUUAAUGUACUGAAAACAAAAUUAAAAUAUUCACUAGUAAGAGAAAAAUUCAGCUUGUAGAAAACAAACUGUUCAAUCUUGUGCUUUUUUUUAAUAUUACAAUUAAAUUUCACACUACCUGCACCUGAUGUUCCCAAAGUGUAGGAUUGAAACCACUGCUGACAAGACAUCAUUGCUGCUUGAAUCAGGAAAAUGGUGAGGGCAUCCCAAAUUGGCCCUGUAGCAGAGAAGGUACAAAUGGCUGACACAGAUGGGAUGGGGUAGGUGCAAAACUGGUGCUGUGCUGCUGCACUGGAUGCCCCAGCCUGCAUCCUGCUCCUUGUGGGUAGUAGCCCAAAGGCCAUGUCUCAGCCCCUGAGCUGUGUGGAGAGGGAUGUUCCCUGGUUUCUAUUUGAAAGUCCCUUCUUGCAGAGUGCUGGUACCCCCGUGCCUCUGCUGUACAAGCACCGUAGUGAGCUCAGCUCAGCACUGAGUAGUGAAUCACUGGGUGGUGAAUCACUUUAGUUCCACCCUGUGUUAGGGCUUUUGUCCAUGCGUGUGCAAGAGUAGGGGAAGGAUUAGGAAGUUUAAUGUUGGGAUUUAUGUGAUGAGGGCAGGAGAGGCUAACUGGGACAGAGGCUGUAUGUGCCUCCUUUGUUCUUGCACUGCCUGGCACAAAGCUGAGAGUCCCUGCUGCCAUGGGUACUGGUAUCAAAGCUGAACUUUUGGAAAUGCAAAUACAUAUUUAGGAGAAAGAGGUUCCUUCUGUUACCAUCUAGCAGAAAUUUUCCAUUAAAAGGCAAUAAUGAACUGGAAGUGACAGUUUCAAUGCUAAAUAAAAAUAAUAGCUCAAUAUAUAGUAAAAUUAUGAAAGAAAGGCUCAGGAUGUAUUUCACUGUUGUUGAAGAAUAAGUGUAAUGCAAUUUUGAUUAGGUCAGAACACAGGCUGUUUAUUGAUACCGGAAAGGAGGUUGUAGCCGGGUGGGGGUUGGGCUCUUCUCCCAGGCAACCAGCAGCAGGAUAAGAGGACACAGCCUCAAGCAGCACCAGUGGAAGUUUAGGCUGAACAUCAGGAGACAAUUCUUCACAGAAAGAGUGGUUGGGCAUUGGAAGGGCUGCCCAGGGAGGUGGUGGAGUCCCCGU